UUAGAGAAUCACCUCAAGCUAAAUGGUUUUUGUUUUAUUUUUCAUAUAAAAGUAUUAUUUAUUAAGCGUACGAUUUAUUUACAGGUACUUACUAUGUCUAUUAAGGAUUUUCUGAUGCGGAAAUUUGUGAUUUACACCUGACCCCUUGUUUCUUCACGGAAGGAGAGGAUGGUUCUAAUGAAAAAGUUACAAUUUAAUAGAACGCUGAUUUUUGGUCAUUAUGUUGCAUAGAACAACAUUUGAAAUAUUGAGUAAGGCUGCUGGUGUAUUAGACCAACAAUUUAUGUUUUGGAAACCUUUGUAUUAUAUCUUAUCAAAUGGGCCAUUGUCUUAGUUGCUUCAAUAAUCAAGCAAAUGCUGAUGUGGAAACAUCACAAAGACAGAAAGAUGAGAUGACAGAAAUUGUCACUAGUAAUCAAGUUCCUACUGUCAUGAUAUCAGAUUAUCCUCAAGAGGAACCGUUACUGCAUAACAAUGAUAAUAGUAUAAACUGUUACAGAAAUAGCAGCCAUAUAACGAAUACAAAUGCAUUAAAUUCUUUAAAUGAAUAUUGCUCUAGUGAUACAGUUCAUAAAAUGCAUGUAAAUAAUGAUAAAACCCCUAAACCAUUUUAUCAGAAAUUGCCUUCUAUACCUCGGAGCAUGUCUUCAAUUGGUUCAAGUGAAUCUCGGAUUUCUGAAUCAAAAAUUAAUCAAUUAUUUGACCAAUACAAAGAUUCUUUAGAAGAUGCUAUUCUUGCAGAGGGUAUUGAAAAUUUAUGUAAUGAUCUGCAAUUAAAUCCAGAUGAUUUUAAAGUGUUAAUACUUGCUUGGAAAUUAAAUGCUAGUCAAAUGUGUAGAUUUACAAAAACUGAAUUUGUUCAAGGAUUAAAAAGUAUGAAAUCAGAUUCAAUAAAGAGCAUACAACAAAAGUUAAAUGACAUAAUCAAUGAAUUAAAAAGAGAUUCCGAACAGUUCAAAGAUUUGUACCGAUUUACUUUUAAGUUUGGCUUAGAUGUUACAUCUGGCCAAAGAAUACUACCAGCAGAUAUAGCUGUGCUGUUAUGGCGCCUAGUCUUCACAAAUGAUGAACCUCCUAUAUUAGAUAGAUGGCUUAGUUAUCUUGAGAAAAAUCCUCACAUCAGAGGAAUACCCAAGGAUACUUGGUACAUGUUUCUCAACUUUUGUGAGUAUGUUGGUGAUGAUCUAAGCAGUUAUGAUGACACGGAAGCAUGGCCAAGUUUGUUUGAUGACUUUGUGGAAUUUGAAAACGAUCAAAUGAAUCAAAAUGUAACUAAGAAUAACACCAAAAUUCAGGAUUAACCUCCUAUGUUUGCCAAAUUAAAGCUACUAUAGGUACUUAAACAUUGAGACUGAUAAUCUGAUAAUGAUUUCAUAGUGAUGGUCAUGUCCUAACUAGGAAUUAAACAUUAAAUGAUUGAUGGAAAUGUUACAUAUUUUACUGAUGAGUGAAAUGUAAAUAUUAGUAGUAAAUAUUAUAAUAAGUAUUGUAAAACUAAUAAGCCCAUUUAAAUUUUAAUCUUAUAAAUAAUUGACAUUCCAGUAAUGGAAUUAGCCAAAAUUUGUAAAUAUUUCAUUCUGUAGCCUCAAUUGCUUAGAUUUUUAAAAGCAGAAUAAUUAAAUAUUAGGAAUAAGGUCGUUAUUCCUCUUUAAUGCUUAACAGCCUAAUUGAAUACCACUUAACAUGCCUCAUACAUAGCAUAAUAAUAAAGAAAUGUUUAUUUUUUCUAAUCAUUCAAGGUAAAUUAUUUGUGUAAAUAGAAUAUUAACAAAUUUUCCAAUAUAUUUUUCUGCAAAAUUCCAUUUUUAUUAUUGUGUAAUAACAUUUUAUCAUUUAUUACAUAUUAGCUAUCAAUUAAUUAAUGGCAUUGCUGAUAAAAAAUCAUGAAAUACAAAAGUCUGAAUAUUGCUGUUAAUUUUGUUAUAUUUUCGUAAUGGAUGUGAAUGCAAGACUGUGCUAUUGUAAAUAUUGGUGACCAAUGGUGAGUUCAACGAAAGGAAGAAAGCAGUUGACUCAUAUACAAUCUAUGUAUUAACUAUGCUAAUGCAAUAAAUACAAAACAUUUUUCUUA